ACUUCUGUUCGCAGCAGCGCAAGAGCACCCUCUAGUGACUUUACGCCAACUCUGCAACACUUUCUCAUGCACUCCUCUGUCCUCUCCCUCUACCGCCGGCUACUGCGUGCUACGCGUCCCAUCCCCAACCCGGCAGCCAGGUGGGAGACGAUUCAGUGGUAUCGGUCUGAGAUGGAGAGGGAGAGGAACGAGAGGGACCUGCAGAAGAUCAGAGAUUUGAUGGCUCAGGGCGGCAGGCAGAUCAAGAUUCUGGAGGGAAGCGUUGGAUUGACCGAUGUCGAUGGGGUGGGACUGGGCAAGGGCAAGGGACUACGAGGGACCAGA